AUGACGCUCGAUCUGCAGCGAUCCAACUACAACAAGUGGUCCUCCUUCCGGGCGAUGUGCGGCAAGUUCGGGCUGAUGCAGCACAUCGACGACACGCCACCUCCACCCUCCACCGACCCCUCUCGGCAGGCCUGGGUGCAGGCGGACUGCUGCGUCCGGAGCUGGCUCUACGGCUCCGUUUCCGACGCUGCCCUUGACUUCACCAUGGGUGGCGAUGACCAGAUGGAUCACGGGCUGUGGACUGCCAUCGCCAACCGCUUCCAGUCCAACAGGGCACCGCGGGCGAUCUACCCGAGUCAUGCCUUUCAUACCAUGACUCAGGGCGAUCUCUCGAUCUCCCAGUACAGCCAAGAGAUGAAGAAGGCUGCUGACGCCCUCCGUGACGUCGGUCAGCCCGUUCCGGAGAACACUCUGGUUCUCAAUCUCCUGCGUGGCCUGAAUCCCCGCUACGUCUCCUCCGUCGACUACAUCGCCGACAUGAACCUCAACUUCGCCAGCGCCCUCGAUCAGCUUGCGAUCACGGAACUCCGCCUCGCCAACGCUGACAAGGUUGUGGCCUCCACCGCCCUCUUCGCCUCCAACAACCCGUCCUGCGGCUCGUCCUCCUGCCGCUCCUCCGCUUCAUCGUUCGCCCCCCUGCAACAAUCCGGUGGCCAGCAGUCCGGCGGCCAGCAACAGCAGCGCCGCAAGAAGGGCUACGGCGGCCGGCGCAACGGUGGCAGCGGCAACCAGCAGCCGCAGCAGAGCCCCACCAAGGAGGCUGCCCGGGCGGUGCUGGAGUCACCAGCGGCCAAGGAUGGCGUGGCCAGGGCAUCCUGGGCCCUGCACCUCAGGCCCACACCGCCUCAGGCCCACGCCGCCUACGGCCUCCCCACGCAGCAGGCAGGGACAACCUUCGCCUCUCAGCAGGUCUCCCAACCCUCUCCGUCAUGGGACCAGGCGGGUCUUGUGGCUGCCUUGCAGCAGCAGAUGGCGCUGUAG